UGGGUUAAACACUGAAGAAAAGUUUAUUUAGCUCCCAUGUAAGCAAUGGAUGAAGUUUGUUAAAUCAUAUGGCUCGACUCUGUGUUUUAAAUGCCGCCCGUUUAAGGGAAAAUAACGCGGAGACAACGGCAAACAUCCUAAAUGUACAACAUCACAGACUAGUCUGCUUGUCGGAGGAGUGUUUGCGCAUUUUGUCUUGACAGUGACACUCGUAUCCAUGAGGUGACUGCAGCUCGUAUUUAAAUCACACUGAACGAUGGCAAACGGAAAUCAGACAGUUGUGUUGUUGUCCGAGCAGGUGGUAGUUUUGUUUUCGUGCGCCCUUUCGUUUCUGGGCUCGUCGCUGAUCAUCCUCACCUUCUUCAUCUGGCCAGAUUUGAGGACAACUCCGAGGAAGCUCCUGGUCUGCCUCUCGGUGUCCGACUGGCUGUCCGCCGUCUCCUACGCCUACGGGGUCUGGAGAGUUUUUCACACCGACUCGCUGGACUGCGUCGUGCAAGGAGCGAUCUCCACUUUCGCCAACACGAGCUCUUUCUUUUGGACCGUGUCAGUUGCCGUUUACCUGUACGUGCUCAUCGUGAGGUCCAGCCAGCGAGCCGCCGAAAGCCUGGUGCUGUUUUUCCACCUUGUCAGCUGGGGUGUUCCUCUGGCCAUCACUGUUGCAGCCGUGUCCCUGAAUAAGAUUGGCUAUGAUGCGUCAGAGGUCUCGGUGGGCUGGUGCUGGGUCAGGAUCCACGCCCCCGACCAUGUGCUGUGGAUGCUGCUGACUGGAAAGAUCUGGGAGUUCUUGGCUUACCUCACCCUCCCCAUCCUCUACAUCCUGAUCAAGAGGCAUAUCCACAUAGCGCAUGCUGCCCUGUCCGAGUACCGUCCCAUCUUGGCCAACAGGCCUUCAUCCCACUCCUUCUCCUCCAUGGCUGAUAUGAAGCUAACACUCAUUCCCGUUAUCUUCAUCUUCCUGCGCAUUUGGAGCACAGUACGCUUCAUACUGCUGCUAGCCGGCUCUUCAGCCAGACAGAACCCUGUGCUGGUCACUCUACAUGGAAUUGGCAACACCUCACAGGGAGCAGCCAACUGCAUCAUGUUUGUACUGUUUACUCAGCCUCUCCGUGCACGCCUCUGCACGGCACUCUGCUGCCGCUCCAGGUGUCGAACAGAGGUGCAGCACUCGCAUGGCGCCGCUCACAGAUUGCUGCCGGGACAGGACACCCCCACACAGGGAGAAGAAGAUGGCACCAGAUGAGUCCAGACCGACAGAUGAUACUUGAGUCUGUGGAUGUGAACCUAGACAAAGGUUGAUGAAGGGGAGCGGUGGAGGUCUCCUCUGCUUCACAUUGAGCCUCAUUACAGCAAGUGCGGUGCACUUUGACUGGCUGCACCCCAACAUUUGGUGAAGCAUUUUAAGUGCUGCAGACUGACACACUGGACAUACAUAUUGUAGUUUUUUAUAUGUGCCGUCUAUCAAACCUAAAAGUGUUUGUCACUUUUAAGUUAUUACUUUUAUUACUUUUUUUACUGUGUGGGUUCACUUACCUUCUGAGGUUGUCACUGUGAAAUGAAUAUUGAGUUUUCUGCUUUUUCCACUGAGUAUUCAAGGAUUGUAUUUAUGGGGGAAGAGAUUACCCACCUUUUAACUGCUGAUUGAGUUAUGGUAAGUAAUAUGUUGUCUCUUGAGAGGUGAGAUGGCUUUGAGAAGUUAGUUUUCUUCACAGAAAAGAGAAAAUGUGGUCGGCCUGUCAGAGUGGAUUCAUAGCAGAAAAAAGCUUUAUCAAAACAUCUGUAAAAACUUGUCAUUCCAGUCUUGCACCAUAUUCUUGAGUACUGUACUCCUCUGCAGUCAGUCUGUAUGCUCAGUCAUUGUUAUGCUCAAACAUGGCUAAAUACCCUGCCUGUUACAGGACUUUAUUGAACAUGGAUGCAGCUCAGUCAUAUUUUGGUGAAACAAUGAGUCUUUUUAACAUACGAAGAAGGUUGUGGGUAAAUAAAAUGAUUUCCAAAUGUAUAUCCAAUAUGUCUUUGAGCGUGUUUAAAAUGUUUUGAUAAAGCUUGUGUGCAAGAAACCUGAUUACAUCUGACUGUCACUUUCAAAUAAACAAAAUUACAAUAUG